AUGCCACUCACAUAUAAACUCCGAAAAAUAUCACUGUUAUCAAUGUUCAAAGAUAAAAUUAAAAAUAUUCAUACCAGAAAGGAAACAACGAAAAUACGUGAAAAGCAAACAGAUACAGAACAGAAUAUGGACAACAGGAACAAGGUUACAGAAAACAACAUUGGCUCAGAGACCGCCAUAGCAGUACCUGAUUUAAGCCAAUUCAAAUUCGAGAAAAAAUCUCAUGUAAAAAUUAAAUUUGAAAAAGAAUCUCCAAGCAAGCAAGAAGCUGAAGGCUUAUGGGAACCACCAAAUUGGAGACAGUUUUUCUUGAACCUGAAGAUUAUGAGAGCUAAUAAUGAUGCUCCAGUAGAUACAAUGGGAUGUCAUAUGAAUAUGGAUGAGAAUGUACCACCAGAGGUGUACAGAUAUCAAUGCUUAGUUUCUCUGAUGUUAUCAAGCCAAACCAAGGACCAAGUUAACUUUGCUGCUAUGCAGAGGCUUCGGGCUCGCGGUCUUACAGUUGAUAAUGUGUUGAGUAUGAGUGAUGAAGAACUAGGUCAGUUGAUAUAUCCUGUUGGAUUUUGGAAGACAAAAGUAAAAUACAUAAAAAAAACAACAGGAAUUCUAAAAGAGCAGUACAAUGGAGACAUCCCCGAUUCAGUCGAAAAGUUGUGCAAACUGAAUGGUGUUGGUCCUAAAAUGGCACAUAUUUGUAUGAAGGUUGCUUGGAACAAGAUCACUGGAAUCGGUGUUGACACACAUGUCCAUAGGAUAUGCAAUAGGAUUGGAUGGGUCAAAAAACCAACUAAAACUCCUGAGGAAACUCGCCUAGCUCUACAGAGUUGGUUGCCUUUUGAACAAUGGAGUGAAGUUAAUCAUCUACUUGUUGGAUUUGGCCAAACUAUAUGUCAACCAAUAAAACCUAAUUGUGGAGAAUGCCUGAAUAAUGAUAUUUGCCCUGCAAGUACUAUAGGGAAAAAAUCGCCAAAAAAAUCUGACAAACAAAACAGAGAUAAAAUUGAAGUUGGAAUUAAAAUUGAAGCUGAUAUGGAAGAUGUUCAAGUAAAAAAUGAAAAGACUUGGAAAACUAUAAGUCCAAAAGUGAAUACCAAGAUUCAAGAUUUAGAAUUGGACAAAAUUAGUACAUCUACACCACAAAAACAUCAAGAUAAAUUAAAAAAAACAGAAGUCAAUAACCAAUUUGAAUUACAUAGUGAUGCAACGUCAAAUGAAAAUAUUAGUACAAAAGCUUCCAAGUCUUAUGAAAAUCUUAAACAUACAAAAGACACUUGCGGUGGUAAAAGAAUAUCCAAAAAAGCAGAUGUCCAUUGCGAUGAGCCUAAAUUACCUUUAAAAAGAAAAUCGCCUAGAGUUAAUCAAAGAACAGAAACUAAAAAACCAGAAGGUUUAAAAAAAAUUAGAACACGGUCAGCACUAAAAUAACAUCUGUAAGUUUAUAAUAAUUAAACAUGUUA